AUGCUCAAAAAAAUGAGUAAAAUUUAUCAAAUUGAAUUUACACUAAAUGAAUUUGAAUUUUCACAAAGAUUUGAAGAUGUUGUCAAUCAAAAUUCAAUUCUCGACCUCCUGCAUAUAAUUAAUAUUCCAACAGCAUCUAAAGGCUAUCAGCUAAUCUCACAAAAUUGGUUCGACUCUAAAGUCUGCAGUCAUCAACAAUUAAUUGGAAUUAUUCUGAGAAUUAAUGGAGCUAUUGAUGAUCUUCCGGAAAACCUAGAUCUAGUUUCAAAAUCCUCAAUCCUGAUAGCGUUCCAGUCAACAAUUGGAGGACACGAGAGCAAAACUUAUUGGAAAACUGCUGGACGAGAUAAGUUUUACUCACUUUAUAUUGACGAUGACGACACGGAUGACGUCACUUCAUUUUGCCAUGCAUUUUUGAUAGAUGAAAUUAAAAAUGGAAGAACUGGUUCUCUUCCACAUUUUCAACAAAAAAGCAAGUUUCAUCUUCAAGAUAUUGGUGACAGUGAUAGGAGGAACCUACUUGUUCUAGCAACAUGCAAAAGACAGCAAAAUGUCGUCGAAAGGCUUCUUAAUCAUGAUUUUGUUGCUGAUGAUGCAAUCGAUAAGGCUUGGGAGUUAUUUAUUGAAAUUGUCAAUGACGAUGACCAGAAGCAGACAAUCAAUAACAUAAUUAUGAAGUUUCUGAGAUCAAACUCAAGAUAUCCAUUCGAUUUUGAGUACAAAAAAGCAUCAAAGGAAGUGAAAGAAUUCGUUGAUAAAUGCGAGAGCCUUCAUGAAGAUGUAGAUGAAGACGACUUUGAUGCUCUCAAGUUGAAGAUCGAUUCUUAUCCAAAUUUAAUUCAUUUUUACAGCCGUGACAGUGAAUCACUGCUAGCUUACUCCUUAAGAAUGAGAAAAUUCAAGAUCUUCGAUCUACUCGCCAAAGGAAUCACAAUUGGAACUCACGAAGAUCUUGAUGAAGUCUACGAGAAUAUGUACAUCCAGGAAUGUCGAAAGUUGCGAGAACAACACAAAAUAAAUGCAAAAGAAUUCCCAGAAACUCACAUUUUCAUCCUCAGAUCAAAGUCAAGGAUUGGCAACAACGACAAACUUAGUCACAAAAACUGGAAGUUUAUCGACGAAGCUUUCGAAGUGCUCAACAAAAAUGACUUUAUCAGAAAGAUCCUCAAAGUUGCUGCUGAAUUUAAGAAGCUUAAAAUUUAUUUCGACUUCAAGCACGACUCAACUUACUAUUUAGAUCCAGCAACAUCAAUCUACUCGAAAGGAAUCAUCUACGAAGGUGGAUCAAUCUUCAUUGGCGCCAAACAUUUGAUAGACGAUGAGAGGAAGUUCGCUGUGUUUGGUGUGCUGGCUCACGAGCUUUGUCAUCUUGCUGUUUUUAUGGCAUUCAUGAAUCGCAACUUUGAUCCAUUUCCAGUUGGUGAGAGUAUCAUUGGAACUAGAUUUAAGAAUCAAGUCAUGGUUCAAUGUAAGGAACGUGAGGAAGCUGAACGAAUUGUCGCGAAUGUGUUCAGUAGUUAUGCUGAGGAUGUUCAGGACUCUGAGAUGAUUGUGACUGUGCCACAAAUGUUGAUGCAUUAUGUCAAUGACAGUGCAAAAAUUGAGGAACUGGAAGGAACUUUUGAGGAGUUAUUUAAAUAUUGUCGAGAAGUUGUUGAUCCAGAACUAGACAAAGCACUGCCAGUGCUGAAACAACUUGGAGAUGAUGAAAAAGUGAUUAAAUUUGCAGAUCUUACAGAUCCAAUGAAGGCAAAGGUUCUGCAUUCAAAGUUGAUUUUUCAAGGAGCUUUAACAACCUUUAUUGAAUUAAUUGGAGAUGACGAGGAAGUGCUGAAGCUGCUUGAAUCUGAAGACAUUCGAGAUAUUUUGUUAAGAAAUGUGAGAUUAGAAUUUGGUGAAAUUUGUCAACUUAACCUUAAAUAUGGCUUGACUGAGAGAUUUUUUGUGGACCGCAAAAUCAGUUCCGAACUUAAAAAUUCAUUUUUUCCAGAAGAAUUUGAGAAAAAUAAGAAAACCAUUGAACAAGUUAGAGAAAAUAUGGAAAAAUCAAAAAUUUUCAUUCUUGCCGACCACGCUGGCACUGGAAAGACGACAAUUUUUAAAAAUUGUGCCUUAAAAUUGAAGCAAAGCCUUCCAAACUUUUGGAUUUCUUUCGUAAAUUUAAGAAAAUGUGCGAAAAUAUUCGAAAAAAUGUCAUCUGAUGAGCUGAAUAGUGACAAAGUCCUGCAGAUGCUGGUUAAAAUUGUCAAUCCAGACUCAAAAUUGGAACAGAAAAUCUUCACAAAGCUGUUUGCAGCUUCAAAAGUCGUGUUGCUUUUUGACGGCGUCGAUGAAAUUUGCCCAAAAUUUACAACAAUUUUGGCGAAAAUCUUCAAAAUUUUGAUGGAAAGUGACGUAAAAAAUGAGUUUUGGAUAUCCACAAGACCUCAUUAUGCUUCAAAAUUGGAGGCUUUCUUCCAAACUUCAUCAUUUACUUUCGCGCUAUGCACAGCAGAUGAAGAAGAGAAAAUAAUCAAGAAAAUAUUGACAGUCAAUAAAAUACCAGAAGACAAACUUUUGGAAUUCAGCAGAAAAGUCCAACUUUGCAUCCAGCACCGAUUGGAAUCAUAUCGCGAAACAAUGGACAAUCCAAUGAUGAUUCAGAUGAUCACGGAACUUUACAUCCUCGACGAAACUAUCGUUAGCCUUAAUUAUCAUUUUAAACUUUAUGAAUUGAUGAUUGAGAAGCAAAGGAAGGAACUUGGGGAAAAAAUUCCAAUUGAGGAUCAUGACAAGGACUCAAAGUUGACGGUUUGGGAUGUCCAUCGAAUAUUGGCACUAGAAUUAAUCAUUGGAGAUAAAUUUAAGCUUAAGAAUCUGUCAAUUAUUAGAAAGUGGAAAAAAGAGAAGAAAAAUUGGACAUCCGACAUGAUUCAAAGGUACGGCUUCGUAAUUGUGGACCUAAAAGAUGAGAAUUUGGAUACAUCGAUCGAUUUCAUGCACAGGACAUGGGCGGAGUUCUUUGUUGCUCAAUUUUUAAUGAAAUUCAUUUUUAGUGACGACGACGACAACUUUAGUGCUGAAGACAUUAAAAUUUUAGUGAAUAUUUUUGAUGCAGCCAUGAACGAAAGCAGUGCCUUAACAAAGGUUCAAGAGUUUAUUCACAGUUUUUUGAUAAAUGAAGCAAAAAGUCACAAAAUUAAUAAAAAAGUCAAAAAAGUGAUUCUCAAAAAAAUCUCAAAAUUACAAAAAGAUGCAGGAGAGGGAUUUAGAAGUUAUGCCUUAAUGGGAUGCAUUGAUGCUGAAAUUUUCCGUAAAUUCUGGAAAUUUGACCAAAAAAUCAAUUUACUUGAAGAACUUGUGAUUGAAAUUGAGGUAAACAUUCUUUACGACAUUUUAGACUCAAAUGAGCUGUCAAUGUAUCCAAAUUGGCUUGAAACAUUCAACAAGUCAGGCACAAAAUUAAUCACAGACGAGACAAUUGAAAAGCUUGAAGGCAUUGUUGAAAAUGAAUGGCAAUGGAAUGCUGAUAAAAAUUUAUUAAAAUUCUACGACUUUGUUGAUAAAAAUUUCAAUUUUGAGGUUAGAAAAAAAAUUUAUGUAAAUUUUAGACUUAAAUUGGGUCGCAAUAGCAAAAUUCAAAUUCAAAUAAUUUUAAAAUAUCAAAAUUGUCUUAAUGCUUUUGAAUUUAUGGACAUGUGCUUGAUCCAUUUGGAUUAUUAUUAUUUGACUUUUGAGGCACUGACUUUGAUUUAUGGAAUAAUUGAGAAAUUUUUUAAUUUUGAUCAUGAAUCUUUAAAUUGUUUUUUAUUUCAUUAUCCUCAUGCUGUAAUUACUGGCGUUCCAAACUUUACAGCACCCCCAAUUGAGUGGUCAUCGCCAAUUGUGCUAGCGUUUGAAUCAAAAAAUCCAAAAAUUCAUGCUUUUGUCAAAGAUUUCUUUAUGAAAUAUAAAAAGUCAGUGCUGGAACUCCAAAAUCUUAUUUUAAAUUCCAGUUUUAACAAUUUAGUGAAUCCAGUUAGUUCCUUAUUUUAUUCUGAUUAUAAACAAUUGUUUGAAGAUGUUUUUGGAGCAGAUAAGACAAAGCUAGCCGAAAAGAUUGAAAAUUAUGUAAAUAAUGAAGCCAAAGGAAGCUAUGUUAAGCGAAAUGAUCAACAUUUAAAGGAUUUUAUGCUGUUUAUUUUCUCAGAUGAUGAAAAAGCUGAUGAAAUGUUUAAAAAAAUAAAUUGGAUCAAUAAAAGUUAA